AUGGCUAGUCCGCCAGUUCUAGCUUUCGAUGCCGAGGGCCGUCCAGUGAAGUUCGAAACCUGGCUAGAUGACCUGCACCUGUUCCUACAGCUCACUGCCAAGGAAGAUAUCUCACUGUACGACCACGCCCUAGGCCAUGCCACUGCCCCUGACUCGUCUGCUGACAGCACUCUGCGUUCUCAGUGGCAGACCCGUGAUGCGCACGCUCGCUUUGCUAUUCGCAACUCCCUGCCACUAGACGAGCGCGAGCACUUCGGCCAGUGCAAGACUGCUAAGGACCUCUACACCGCUGUAGUUGCCCGCUACUCCUCACCCGCUUCUGCCACGCUAGGCCGCCUCACUCUCCCCUACCUGUUCCCUGACCUAGCCUCCUUUCACACUGUCGCAGACCUCAUCACCCACCUUAAGACUAGUGAGGCCCGCUUUCGCGCUGCUAUGCCUGCCGAGUUUCUCACUAGCAACCCCCCCCCGCUCUGGAUCACUCUCUACCACAUCGUCACCCGCCUCCCUGACUCUCUGCGCGCAGUCAGGGACCACUUCCUCUCUCGCUCCCCCACUGAGCUCACUGUUGCCCUCCUCGAGAAGGAACUGCUUGCAGCUGAGGCGAGCAUCGUCGCUGUAGGCACCUCUCGUGGCGACCCCCGCACCCCGUUCUUUGAGGGGUGUUCCCCUUCCCCCCUCCUCCCCUCUGUCGCCUCUGCUGCUGCUGUCGACCUUCUUGGUGCUGAGAAGGUCGGGACCGCGUCUGCUUCGAGCGGGCGCCGCAGGAACAAGGGGGGCAGGGGUGGGGGUGGCGGCGGAGGAGGUGGGGGUGGAGGCGGUGGGAGUGGAGGCGCGGCUGGGGAGACUAGUGGCGGCAGUGGGGGAGGAGACAGCGGCGGUGGGAGUGGUGGUGGAGGCGGCAGCGGAGGCGGAGGUGGUCGUGGCGGCGGCAGGGGUGGAGGUGGCCGGGGCGGCGGCGGUGGGGGUGGUGGUCGUGGAGGCACUGGCGGAGGCCAGAGUCAGCAGCCCGCCCCGACGCUUCAGGCCGCCCGUGAGUGGUAUGCGCAGCGUAGCGUUACCUGCACGUACGUCAUUCGCACAGGUGACCGCACCGGCCAGCAGUGUGGGAGGCCGCACCCCACGCAGCGCUGCUUCGCGCGCCUUAACGACGCGUGGCGCACUCAGUUUCCUGCUGCCACUGAGCUGCCGCGCUGGGCUGAUCUGGAAAAGAGGGGUGUUGAUAUUUGGGCUUUAGACUUUGAUGCUAUUCUCACUGCCAUGUAUGCGAUGUCUAUUAGUGGAGAGGGUGCUCAGUACUUGCGUGUUCCGCCCGACCCGGGCAUUCAGGCCAGUCCGGCUGCCGCUCUAGGUGCUAGUGCGUCUGCUCCCACAGGUCCUGGUGAGGCUGCAGCCCUAGGUGCUCGUGCGUCCGUGCCCCCUGGUACUGAGUCGACUGCAGCACUGCACACCUUCACACUGGACUCAGGUGCUUCUCGCUCCUUCUUUCGUGACCGCACUGUCCUUGAGCCACUCGCUCGGCCAGUUGCUGUCUCCCUUGCUGACCCCUCUGGGGGUCCGGUCAUUGCGACCUCCUCCACUGUCCUUCCUUGUCCGGCGGUCCCGUCCGGCACGCUGUCAGGUCUCUACCUCCCCUCGUUCUCUACGAACUUGGUGGCAGGUAGUGCGCUCCAGGACGGGGGUGUUCACCAGUUCACCCCUGCCUACGAGCGCAUGACACACUGCACGUGUGCUCGGACGGGUCGCCACCUGGCUACCUUCACUCGGGAGCCGGGGUCGGACCUUUACACACUGACCACUGAGUCCCCUCAGGUAGCUGCGUCCGCGUCUGCGUCUGCGUCAGGUCAGCUGUCCGCCCCCUGCUCGUGUCGCUCUCUGGCGCAUGAGACUGUCCUUUGGCACCACCGCCUUGGUCACCCGUCUGUGCAGCGCCUUCGGGCCAUGCACAAACGGGACCUUGUUGCUGGUCUUCCCAGGGUGCUCCCUCCCCUUCCCGACUCGCCUGCUCCUCCCUGUAUUCCCUGUGUCGAGGGACGGCAGCGCGCCGUUCCUCACUCCUCCUCCUUUCCCCCGACGACUGCUCCCUUGCAGACGCUCCACAUGGACGUGUGGGGCCCAGCCCGCGUCCGUGGUCAGGGUCAGGAGAGGUACUUCCUGAUUGUUGUUGACGACUUCUCGCGCUACACCACGGUCUUCCCCUUGCGCGCCAAGGGUGACGUCCCUGAUGUCUUGAUCCCUUGGAUCCGCAGAUCUCGUCUCCAGCUCCGUGAGCGUUUCCGCUCCGACUUCCCUGUCCUGCGUCUGCACUCUGACAGAGGUGGAGAGUUUUCCUCUGGCCUAUUGGAGGCCUUCUGUCAGCAGGAGGGCAUUGAGCAGUCGUACACGCUUCCGGCCUCUCCACAGCAGAAUGGGGUUGCUGAGCGCCGCAUUGGUCUGGUCAUGGAGGUCGCUCGUACCUCCUUGAGCCAUGCGGCUGCCCCCCAUUUUCUGUGGCCGUUUGCAGUCCGAUACGCUGCGCAUCAGCUCAACCUCCGGCCCCGUGUCUCCUUGCCCGAGACUUCUCCGACACUGCGUUGGACGGGAGAGGCUGGCGAUGCGUCGCGUUUUCGGGUCUGGGGAUCCCGAGCUUUUGUCCGCGACACGUCCGCGGACAAGCUCUCCCGUCGUGCUGUCCCCUGCGUCUUCCUUGGCUUUGUCCCGGACGCCCCUGGCUGGCAGUUCUACCACCCCACCUCGCAUCGUGUCCUGGCCUCUCAGGACGUCACUUUUGAUGAGUCCGUCCCCUACUACCGCCUCUUCCCCUACCGCACUGCCCCGCUCCCCCCCCCGCCUCUCUUCCUCGCUCCAGGUGCUGAGGUACCAGACCCCCUCCCCCCUCAGGGUGCCGCUCCCUCAGGUGUGUCCCAGGUAGACCCGGGUGAGCCUGUCGAGGUAGCUGUUGACUCUCGUCCUGCUAGGGGUGCUGAGCCUGGAGGUGCUGAGUCUGGGGGUGCUGAGCCUGGGGGUGCUGCGUCUGGGGGUGCUGAGCCUGGGAGUGCUGAGUCUGGGGGUGCGGAGCCUGGGGGUGCUGAGCCAGGAGGUGCGGAGCCUGGAGGUGCGGAGCCUGGAGGUGCUGAGUCUGGGGGUGCUGAGUCUGGGGGUGCUGAGCCUGAGCGUGCUACACCUGGAGGAGCCCUCUCCUCCCAGCAGCUGCAGGAGAGGUACCUCGAGUACUGCCGCCUCCGGAGAGGUACUGCUGGAGCUCGUCCCGGUACUUCCCCUCCUACCCAGGAGCUCCCCCCCAUUCAGCAGAUCCGCGAGUGGUACACACGGCGCUGCAGUCUUCGGAGUGGUGCUCCUGGUGCUGCGGACCCUGGGGGUGGCGCUGCUGCUGGUGCUGAGGACCCGGACGGUGGAGCUGCUGCUGGUGCUGAGGACUCGGACGGUGGAGCUGCUGCUGGAGCUGAGGACCCGAGCGGUGGCACUGCUGCUGCUGCUGAGGACCCGGGCGUUGGAGCUACUACUGGUGCUGAGGACCCGGCCGGUGGAGCUGCUGCUGGUGCUGUGGACCCGGACGCUGGAGCUCCUACUGGUACUGAGGACCCGGCCGCUGGAGUCUCCUCUGCUUCCGGAGACGCUGCGCGGCCGCGACCGUACUUCGUACCGCUCCUUCAGCAGGUUCUUGGGCAGGCUCCUCCUCCUUGUCCUCCUCCCUCCGUAGAGUGUCCUCCGCCUGUCCGGCCGCAGUCACAGUUACCACCUACCUCGCCUCUCCCUGCUCCCUCUCCUUACACUGGUCCCACAGGAGGUCUUACAGAGCGUCGUGAGCCUGAGUCUCGUCCUGCGUCGCCUGUUCGUGCUGCUCGCACUGGUAGUCGUGUCCGUCGUGAGCGUCCUCCUCCUGUCCCAGGCACUCACUACAUGACUCUGCGUCCCUCUACUGCUCCUCAGCGUGUCCCUCUACCGUCUCCUCCUGCGUCCUCUUUGCCUGACGUUCCGGACCCUGAGUCUGACCGGUAUCGUGCUGAGCACCCUACUGUCACGCGUCUCCUUGCUACUGUUGUCACUGACCCUACCUUUGAGUCCUCGGCUGCGUCUGCUCUGGUCGCUGAGUUGGUUGACUUUGCUGCUGCCUGUCGUCUAGACUACGCUGCUAGCCUUGUUGCUGAGUCUGAGUCUGUCUGUCCUCCGUCCGUCGGGGGUGAGUGUGCUCUUGGCACGGACGUCCUUGAGGACAGACAGGAGGAGUUCCAGUGUCUUGCUGCUGCUUUGCCCCGUCUCGUGUCCUUGCUAGUUGCCCCUGAGGGAGACCCGGAUGCACCAGACAUCCCGACCCCGCGCACUUACGCUGAGGCGAUGGCGGGUCCCUACUCCUCUCAGUGGCAGACAGCCAUGGACGCCGAGAUGGCUUCCUGGAAGUCCACACGCACCUACGUAGACGAGGUUCCCCCUCUUGGGGCGAACAUCGUCAGUGGCAUGUGGAUUUUCAGGGUGAAGCGGCCGCCGGGUUCUCCGCCUGUCUUCAAGGCGCGUUACGUGGCUCGAGGCUUCAGUCAGCGAGAGGGAGUUGACUUCUUCCAGACCUUCUCCCCCACCCCGAAGAUGACUACUCUUCGGGUGCUGCUGCACAUAGCCGCUCACCGCGACUACGAGCUUCACUCACUUGACUUCAGCACUGCUUUCUUGCAGGGCAGCCUGCACGAGGAGAUCUGGCUGCGCCGCCCACCUGGCUUCACUGGGUCGUUUCCUCCUGGUACCCAGUGGAGGCUUCAGCGGCCGGUCUACGGUCUCCGCCAGGCUCCGCGUGAGUGGCACGACACACUGAGGACUACACUUGCGGCUCUUGGGUUCGCGCCUUCUACAGCUGACCCGUCGCUGUUCCUGCGCACCGACACUUCGCUGCCGCCGUUCUACAUCCUCGUGUACGUCGACGACUUGGUCUUUGCCACUGCUGACACUGCAGGACUCGCCUACGUGAAGUCGGAGCUGCAGAGGAGACACACGUGCACAGACCUGGGUGAGCUGACAAGCUAUCUUGGCUUGCGGAUCACCCGGGACAGAGCACGGUGCACCAUCACCCUGACUCAGUCACACAUGGUGCAGCAGGUUCUCCAGCGCUUCCGCUUCACGUACUCCUCGCCUCAGUCCACUCCUCUGCCUACCGGUCACUCGCUCUCAGCUCUGCCUUCGGAUGAGUCCGUAGAGCCGAGUGGCCCGUAUCCAGAGCUUGUGGGCUGCCUCAUGUACCUGAUGACCUGCACUCGACCUGACCUUGCAUACCCUCUUAGCAUCCUUGCACGCUAUGUCGCUCCUGGCCGUCACAGGAAGGAGCACAUGGAUGCCGCUAAGAGGGUGUUGCGCUACUUGUGCAGUACGUCGGGCAUGGGGCUUGUGCUUGGAGGGCGAGACCGAGUUGUUCUCACAGGGCACUCAGACGCUUCUUGGGCAGACGACCAGGCUACUCAGCGGUCGUCUCAGGGUUACACCUUCAGCCUUGGCUCUGGCUCAGUUUCUUGGCGCUCUACACGCUCUUCUUCUGUUCUCGGCUCCAGUUGCGAGGCUGAGAUCUACGCUACAGCCAUGGCUGCCCAGGAGCUACGCUGGCUGACCUACUUGCUGACCGACCUCGGAGAGCGGCCUCGUUCUCCUCCAGUACUGUACGUCGACAACAAGGCUGCCAUUGCCUUGUGUCAUGAGCACAGACUGGAGCACAGAACGAAGCACAUCGCCCUGCGGUACUUCCUUGCUCGUGAGCUGCAGCAGCGCGGUCAGCUUUGUAUUCGCUACGUGGCCACUGAGGCCAACACUGCUGAUGUGUUCACCAAGGCGCUUCAGCCUCGUGACCAUCAGCGCUUCUGCACUCUACUAGGCCUUGUGCCUACUGGACCUCACUUGCUUACCUCUUGA